AUGGUUAUUGAAAAAACCGAGUUUUGUGAGACAUUGAACUGUGAAACAGUCCAGGCUGCAACAGUGUGUGGGUUACGUACAGAAGAAAAUGGAAUUAGGUUGAAACUAUUUAAAAAUGAAUGUGAACUUAUGAAACAUGGUUGUAGCGUUAUCGACGAACUUGCUUACGGCUUAAUUAACAAAGAGUAUUGCGACCAGUCAUUUACAGAUUUUAAUGGAAGUUUGAAUAUUAUGGAAAAUAAUGAGCAAAAAUUGAACCGUAUAUUGUUUCACGCUAACGCAACAGGCAGAUGUGCGAAUUACGAAUGCAUUAACGUGGAUUUAAACGAAGUGUGCGGCAUCAGACAAGAUGGCGUAGGUUUUAGAAUAAGAUUGUUUGAUAAUAAAUGCGAACUAUUAAAAUACAACUGUGAGAAUAUUGAAAAAUAUGAUGAAACUGAUAUUUUCAUUUGUAAACAAUCAAAUAAUUUUGAUAAAGAUGGAAAUAAUGAAUUUAGUGAUAAGAAUGUCACAAACUUAGUGGUAGUGAAUACUAACAUGCUCGGACAAUAUGAUAAUAUAAACGAUACAAUUGAUUCUUUUUUUGCUGCAUCUCACGUAUUUGAUUUACCGAUGAAAGAAGUAGAACCAUUUAACACGAGAAGAAAGUUGUUGAAAUACGCUGGACCUGUUAAAGUAUUUGUGCCUUGGAUCGUCAAACCAAAAAAUAUUAGUAAUGACACAUUUCAUAGACCUACACUAUCAUCAUGUUACCAUAAGUGCCCAACAAAAUGUCCAGACACUUAUGCGCCAGUAUGUGGUGUCCCUGGUAUAGUGGCACGAGAACCUUCUUUAAUGUUUCAGAAUCACUGCUUUAUGGACGUAGCUCAGUGUAAGAUGUUCUGGGAAGACAAAAGUAGUACCGCUCAUAGCUCCUCAUAUGUAGAAACUUCUUUUCUUUUCUGCAUGGGAGAUGAAAUGAACGCGGUAUACAGAUUCCUACCUGCCAUCAGAACUUUACAACACAUGGGACGUCUAAAGAAGAAAGGCAAAUUCAGAGCUAAGCUGAGGAAUUUUAGAUACGUUAGCGAUUUUCGAUCUGGACGACCUAAAUUUAUGGGUUGAAUAAAUUUAAUAAAAUAUCUGCUAUUGUA